UGUCACGUGAGGAACGGGACGGAAAGUGGAACAAAAAUCAAUUUUCUAGCAACCACAAUAACGUCAUAUGAUCACAAGUGCAAAUUCGGAGGGCAGAUAACUUCACUGGACGACAAGAUGUUGCGGCCGAUUUACGUUUUAUUUGCGCUGUUUGCAGCAGCAAACUGUGAUCAACUGUCCGUGCUGUAUUCGCCCAAGGCGGUAGAGUUCAGUGGCAACAGCCGGUUGGAUGCGGAAUCGCUGCCGGAAGUGUUCGGAGCUGCCCUCGGCUACUCCGUCAGCCAGCCGACGGAAUGGGACGGCAUGGUGAUUAAGGAUCCGUUCAGCACUGCCAACGGUGCCGUCGUGGUGGUGGCGGAAGGUCUCGAAUCCGUUGCGGUGGAGGGUGCCAAGAACUACCAGCUGGACGGUAACACCGGCUCCGUUGCGCUGAGCGAGCUGAUCCAGAAGUCGGCCGACCAUCAGGGCGUUAGCUUCGAGGUCGACCUGAAGGAAUCGUCCGACAGCUUCAACACCCCGCUCGGCACGGUUCAGCCGGACGACGAGGAGGUGAAGCCGCAGCACCUGAAGCCAAAAUCGAACAAAGCCGACUCGGACUUCCUGCGCCAGCUCGCGUUUCUGAACGGGCUGAGCGAUCUGCUCGUCACGUCUACCGAUCGCAUCCCGACCGUGCACAUCGUGCGCGUAUCGUUCGAAGCCCUGCUGGCCGCGCACGAACCCAACUCGCCCGCCCUGGAAGAGGCCAAGAAGCUGUUCGUGAACGCGCUCGCCGGGCUGGAGACGGCAUCGGAGAAGGCGUUCGACGGUGCGGUCAUCGUUGGCCUGGUGACGGCUAGCGAGGGGCAGCUGGUGGUGCGCUCGAAGCGUCAGGCCGGGGCGCCGAAACAGGCCGAAACAGAUGAUGUAAGUAGUCACAUUAUUUUCCCUGACCUUGUUCGAUGUUUCAUCAACUCGCUUCAACUCAUCAAUUUUAUCAACCAUUGCUUUCAGCAAAACCCGAUGAACCUGGCCACCAAGUACAACAGCAACUAUCCGGUGAUUUUCAACAUCAUUCUGUGGUUCAGCGUUGUGCUAGUGUUUUCGCUGCUCGCCAUCUCAAUUGUGAUCGGCACGAUGGAUCCGGGCCGCGAUUCCAUCAUCUACCGCAUGACGUCGACCAGAAUGAAGAAGGACAACUAAAUCCACACACCGUCCGCUUCACUUCCACUCUACUUCUGGUAGGCCAUGAAGCGUUUCCAGCGCGCGUAGAUAAAUUACCGUACCGUCGCUCUGUGACUCUGUGCAUCCGAUGACCUUAAGCAUUACCAUCCUGUUUGAGCGGAGUGAAUCGAUCGCACAUAAUUUGGAAAGUAUUACCACAUCACUGCGGCCCAACAAGACACAGAGCGUUUGCCGUUAGCGAGCACAGAGUAAAGAGUUAAGACCGACCCCCAUAUCUGCUGGGACGAAUCCGGAAUGCACAUUAAAACAGGAAGCUUAAGUCAUCAUUAUCAUUAUCAUCAUCCACCGGACACACAAAGACUCUUCUUUUUUCGUCGUAAAACCUUCCCUCCGCGUCCGCCUACCAUCCUGGGCGCAUACCGUUUGUCGUCAAGUACAUUACGUUCCCGUGGGCCGAUGAUAGGAAUCAAUAUCGGGACAAAGCGUGCAAGAGAGUCCUGGCUGCACACUUACUCAUCAUCGUCGCAGUGAAUCAUCGCUCAACGUUCUAUUCCCCCCCACGAGAAGCUAUUGCUACUUUGGUUUCUGCCCAUUGCGAUACAUGAGUCGCCCGCCGCUCCGUUUGCGUGUUGAGGAUUUAGCCACCAACCAACAACAGAUCACGCGCAAUCAAUCCCUUUGUUUUCACUUGUUGUUGUUUAUUUGAGUUUCGAUGGUCAGGUGUAGAAAAUAAAUAAGGAUAACAUUCCAGGA